AUGGCUACAUUCGAUCGUACAAAACCUCAUGUAAAUGUCGGUACUAUUGGUCAUGUCGAUCAUGGAAAAACAACGUUAACAGCAGCAAUUACCAAAGUUUUAUCGGAAUUAGGCGGCGCUGAAUUCACAAGUUAUGCAGAUAUUGACAAAGCACCCGAAGAACGAGCUCGUGGUAUUACAAUUUCAACUGCUCACGUAGAGUAUCAAACCUCCAAACGUCAUUAUGCACACGUGGAUUGUCCGGGACAUGCGGAUUAUGUGAAAAAUAUGAUUACAGGAGCUGCUCAGAUGGAUGGCGGGAUUUUAGUCGUGUCUGCAGGAGAUGGACCGAUGCCACAAACACGUGAACAUAUUUUACUCGCGCGUCAAGUUGGUGUCCCAGCUCUUGUGGUUUUUAUGAAUAAAGUUGAUCAAGUGGAUGAUGAAGAAUUGCUGGAGCUCGUGGAAAUGGAAAUUCGGGAACUCUUGGAAGCUUAUGAUUUUCCUGCAGAUGAUAUUCCAGUUGUACAAGGAUCGGCCUUGGCAGCUGUGGAAGGACGUGAUCACACCAUUGGACGUGAUGCCGUGCUAAAGCUUAUGGAUGAAGUGGACGCCUACAUUCCAGACCCCGUGCGUGAUUUUGAAAAGCCUUUUUUGAUGCCAGUAGAAGACGUCUUCUCCAUUUCUGGACGUGGUACGGUCGUAUCUGGUCGUGUCGAACAAGGUAUUAUUAAUACUGGAGAUGAAGUUGAACUAGUAGGUCUUAAACCAAGCACAAAGACUACGUGCACGGGCGUCGAGAUGUUUAAGAAAUCACUUGACCGUGGUCAAGCUGGAGACAAUGUUGGAUUACUGCUUCGUGGUCUCAAGCGUGAUGAAGUGCUGCGUGGACAGGUAUUGUGCAAGCCUGGUACUAUCAAUCCACACACGAAAUUUGAGGCCGAAGUGUAUGUGCUGAAGAAAGAAGAGGGCGGUCGCCACACGCCUUUUUUCAGCAAUUACCGACCGCAGUUUUUUUUCCGUACGGCCGACGUGACGGGCAACAUUCUACUCAAGGAAGGCACGGAAAUGGUCAUGCCUGGUGACAACACGGCCAUUGACAUUGAGCUGAUUCACCCUAUUGCUCUGGACGCUGGCAUGAAGUUUAGCAUUCGUGAAGGUGGCCGCACUAUCGGUGCUGGUGUCAUUUCCAAAGUCGAGACCUAA